CUCUUUCCAACUGUCAAUGGCCGCUGUUGAAAUACAAGAAAAAUACAGAGAAACAUAAAAUUGUAAUUUUAUGAACACAAUUUACUUUUUUACUACACUUGCAGGAGUUUGGUGAUAAACAAGCGAGCAUUGGAUUGAUGCUACUCCUCGCUUAUAAAAACGGUGAUUAAAGAAAUUUUAAUAGUGAAAAGAUUAGUGGCGCUCAUUUGUGGUACAAAGAUCCAAGAAUUUGGACAGUUUUAUACGGUCAAAUCAAACUAAACACAAGCAAGAAUAUACCACCUUUUAACAGUGGUGUUAAUUGUCUACUAUUUUGAUUGAGGAAUAAUGGAAAUACAACAAUUAGAAAUACUUUGUAAGCAGCUGUAUGAGGCCACCGAUUCAGUGAUACGAUCAGAUGCUGAAAAGGCUUUAGUAGCUUUCGUGAGUAGUCAAGAUGCACUUCCCAAAUGUCAAAUGUUAUUAGAGCGCGCCGAUUCUAGCUAUGCACAGUUAUUAGCUGCUACGACACUAACAAAAUUAAUACAAGGACUGAAUUUGGAACAACGCAUUGAUAUAAGAAGCUAUGUAUUGAAUUAUUUGGCUAAUCGUCCCAAUUUACAACAUUUUGUGGUACAAGCACUUGUUACACUUCUUGCAAAAAUUACUAAAUAUGGUUGGUUCGACAUGUAUAAAAGCGAAUUGAUUUUUCAAAAUCUUUUCGAAGAUGUUAAGAAAUUUUUACAGGGCUCUGUAGAGCAUUGCACAAUCGGCGUUCAGAUUUUAUCGCAGCUUGUUCUAGAAAUGAAUUCAAUAAUUGAGGUUGACGUUAAUUUGACUUUUUCGAAAAAUAGAAAAAUCGCCACUUCGUUCCGCGAUCAACAACUUUAUGACAUUUUUUUACUAUCCUGUUCUUUAUUGGUCACUGCUCGUGACAACAGUAAAAAUUUAAAUUUUAUGGAUGAAUCCCAACAAGCACUAAUAUCACAUGUUUUGCGAUUAACGAAAAACUGCUUAAGCUUUGAUUUUAUUGGAAGUUCAACGGAUGAAUCGUCGGAUGAUAUGAACAGUGUUCAAAUACCAACAUCUUGGCGACCAGCAUUUUUGGAUUCUAAUACAUUAAAGUUGUUUUUCGAUCUUUAUCAGAUACUUCCUAAUGGUUUAGCAAGCUAUUCACUAUCUUGCCUCGUACAAAUGACCUCAGUACGUCGGUCCCUUUUUAAUAAUUCAGAAAGGACAAAAUUUCUUACACAUUUAGUAGAAGGAGUAAAAAAUAUUCUUAUGAAUCUACAUGGGCUUAGUGAUCCCGAUAACUAUCAUGAGUUUUGUCGGCUAUUAGCUCGACUUAAAUCAAACUAUCAAUUAGGUGAACUUAUAGCGGUUCCCUGUUAUCCGGAAGCAAUACAGUUGAUUGCUAAAUUUACAGUUCAAUCGCUACAGAUGUGGCAGUUUGCACCCAACAGUGUACAUUAUCUGCUCACGUUGUGGCAAAGAAUGGUGGCAUCUGUACCGUACGUUAAAUCUCCUGAACCACAUUUAUUAGGAACAUACACUCCUGAGGUGACAAAGGCUUACAUUGAGUCACGUCUAGAUGCUGUUCCAGUUAUUGUUCGUGAUAAUAUGGAGGAUCCUUUGGAUGAUUUGUGUAUGGUUCAACAACAAUUAGAGCAAUUGUCUGUGAUUGAACGUUGUGAAUAUGACAAAACUUGCACUCUACUUGUUCAGCAUUUUGACCAAAAGGCUAGAGAGUAUGAGAAUUUGCUACAGACGCCUAACGCCAAUCCCAUGGAUAUCACAGUUCAUGAACUGCAAUUGACAUGGCUAGUUUAUAUAAUUGGUUCAGCAAUUGUUGGUCGGCUCACAGUUAAUUCUAAUGAUGACCAUGAUACAAUGGAUGCGGAAUUAGUGAUAAGAGUUUUACAAUUAAUGAGUUUAACGGACGCGCGUUUACCACAAGCAGGCUGUGAGAAACUCGAACUUGCCGUUUUAAGUUUUUUGGAACAAGUACGCAAAAUGCACAUCACUGAACAAACACAAAAAGCAAAUGUUUACAAACGACUGAGUGAAGUCUUUGGUUUAAAUGAUGAACAAAUGCUCUUAAGUUUUAUUAAUCGCAAAAUUAUAACUAAUCUUAAGUUCUGGGGUCACUCUGAACAAAUCAUAACUAAGACACUAAUGUUGCUUUCGGACCUGUCAGUGCAUUUUAAUUCUGUUAGAAAACUAGCAAAACUGGAGGAGGUGCAAUUCAUGUUAACCCACCACACGAGUGAGCAUUUUCCAUUUUUGGGCACCAAUUCAUCUUUAUCGGAAAUGCGUUGUCGCACAAUGUUCUACACGUCGCUUGGGCGUUUGCUUAUGUUCGACUUAGGAGAAGACGAGGAACGUUUCUACAACUUUUUAACGCCUUUAACAAAUCAGUUUGAGUCCCUGGGCACAGUGUUAAUGGAUUCUAAUAGUUUUCCCAACGAGGAAGCUAAGAAGGCAAUUAUUGGUUUGGCUCGAGAUUUGCGCGGCCUAGCUCAACCUUUAAAUGCUCGUAUACCAUACACAAUGCUCUUUGAAUGGCUUUAUUACGCGGACUAUUUGCCUAUCUUAAUACGCGCGGUAGAGUUGUGGGCCCAUGACCCAGCCGUUACAACACCAGUACUGAAGUUGUUCGCCGAGCUUGUGCAUUGCCGCACUCAACGUCUGCAAGGCAAUGUAUCCAGUCCAAUGGGAAUUUUGUUGUUUCGAGAAGCGUCGAAAUUAAUUUGCAUUUACGGCAAUCGAAUAUUGCAUCUAGAUGUCCCCCGAGAUCAACAGUAUCCGAUGCGUUUGAAAGGCAUUUCAAUUUGUUUUUUAAUUCUUAAAAAUGCCUUGGGUGGUAAUUAUGUAAAUUUUGGCGUAUUUAAACUAUACGGUGAUGACACACUUGAUAAUGUCCUGAAUAUUGCUGCGAAACUUAUUAUGUCUAUACAGCAAAACGAUUUAUUGGAAUACCCAAAAUUGUCUUCGGCAUAUUAUGGUCUGCUUAACUGUUUGUCACAGGACCAUAUAACCUUUUUGGCAGGCUUGGAACCGCGAGCAUUUGUUUAUAUAUUAGAAAGCCUUUCAAAAGGUCUUUCUGCUUUAGAUUCAACAAUUUAUAUUAGCUGUUGUUCCAUAUUAGACAGUAUCGUAUCAUAUAUAUUUAAACAAUUGCAAUUAAAAGUUUCAACAUUCCCAAACAAGAAGUUACGAAAUAUAACUCCCGAAAAUGUACAGUUCCUUGAGGUAGUGGAGAUGAACUCAGAUUUAUUGCAAAACAUGAUGUCCACAUUGUUGAAUAACGUCAUGGCAGAAGAUUGUAGGAAUCAGUGGUCGAUGUCACGCCCUCUUUUAGUACUCAUUCUCCUAUAUGAAGACUAUUUUAGAUCCUUAAAAGAUAACAUAAUCCGUUCGCAACCAUUGGAUAAACAACAAACAAUGGCACAGUGGUUUGAUGAUCUUAUGGUCGGGAUAGAACGCAACGUUUCUAGCAAAAAUAAAGAGAAAUUUACGCAAAAUCUCUCUUCUUUCCGUCGUGACGUUGUUAAUUUACCAAAAUCAUCAAGUUAUAAUACAGUUAAUGUUAUCAGUUCAGUUAGCGAUAUCAAUGAUUUUUUGCUCAACGAGCUCGAGAAAGAGUACAUGAGAGAUGAUGACUAAAUAUUUUCCAGGACCUUUGGGAGGAUAAUGCGUACCAAGUAUAUUCUGAGACCAAUUAUUCAGUUUCAGUAUAAUAAUUGUUGGAAGGAAAACAUCUUGUUGACACAUUUAUUGUCCUGCAUUUUUUGAGUUAAUUUCGAUUGGAUAAAAACUUAUUUAUACAUAUUUAAAAUAGAAUAUAAUAAGGAGAAAUCAUAAGGAAUAUAUUAUUAUUAAUACAUUAUUUUGCUGCAACCGCGUGUGCAGUAUAGUAGAUGUAUUGUAACUGAUGAAAGGGCUUUAAUAGUGGCACUGUUAAAUAGCUGACUGUUUGCGAUGACUCGAUUUUAUUUUGCUAACAAAAAAGUUUGUAAUAUGUUACACGUAACUUGAUUAUUUUGUACGUGUAUAAAGUUAAAUUUUAAUAAACACAAUCUAUGUAAAUAAUGA